AUGGUUGACUGGAAGCAGCUGCAGGGUGGAGCGGCACCUCGUCCGGAAUUUUGCACCUAUGGAUACGACAACAAUCGUGGGAGAGCUGCCUCUUCCAAGAAACUUGUUAUCCAGCAAGCACAGACGGUCCAACGAAGAGAUGAGGCUGACGCGUGCGGGCUCUGGAUUGCAAUAUACCCUUUUGCAUAUGAUACCAAGUAA